CACAUGGGUUAGGUCAGCUGGUUGCUUAUCAUGGUAACCUGACCAACCUUGUGGCGAUUUUUUGCUGAUCUGACCGCCUGUGGUGCCAAUGUGAUGCUAAAUUUUGGUCUAACUUUGGGUUUAAAAUGUAUUCACUUAUAUAUUCCCGAUGACAAACUUCAAAAUACGCGCCAUUUUACAAGGAACCGUAAAAUAUCGUGAUGGCAAAAAAUUCGUCCGCCUACCUGAUAACAUUGCUUUCAUGUUUCAGUGGAAGAGACGCUAUUGCCUUCUUGCCCUUUCACCUGGAACUUCCGAUGCACUUCAUCUCUAUGUGACCAAAAGCUAUGAUGAAUUCGCUCCUUAUCGGAACAGCCGCUGCCUAGUCGAUAUGGAACCACCAAUACAAAAAGGAUACGUCUACCAGCGUUCGACGAUCUCGAACGAACCUUCUCAUAAACCACUGGAACGCGAAUCGUGCAACAGUUUUUCACAGCCACGAAUCCAUGAUGCCCCUAAACCUUUGGUCAAUACUGCGGCGCACUCCUGCCUUUUGGCCGCGGAAGCUACGACCAAGGGACUUUCACUGGCAACCAACCUGGCAACUCGAUUGAAUGCCCCAGUCCCGAUCGAUGAAAUUACCGGGUUCGAAAGUGGUUGCCAUCUAGACAAAGAGUCCAACGUAAUCGUGCUGAUCGGAAUCUCGUCGGUCCACAUCAUCGCGUUAGAGGCCUUUGAUGAAAUGUUUCGUUGGGCCGGCGCAAUGACACAAAUUAUGACUGACAGCCAAUUUCGAGUUACACUGCGCAAAUCAAGCGAAGGUAGCAAGUUACCCCAGGGCACCCAGGGUAGCCUUCAUGUUCAGCAUUGGAGACUAUGUUUGAUUGGUGAACCGUUGGCCGGGUGCAAGUUUAUAUGCUCCUGGAAACUGGACUCAAUUGAGAAAGCAUACACAAUGACGCUUCCUGCCACCAACGUGUGCCCAGUCAAGUCUGGUACAGCCGAAUCCCACGGACCCAAAUGGUCUUUUUCUGGCGAUGUCUCUCAACGGACCUCUGUCGCAAGCUUAUCUGGUUUCACAGGCCAUAUGACAAGUGCAUCUGUUGGUUCACAGCCUCCGAAGCCCAAGCAGUCCUUCAUUCUCGAGGCUUCAAAUUCUGCCGGAAAAGGACGUGGUACACACACUUUUGAGUUGGAAGGUGGUUCGUUGGUAGAGCUCACUACGGUCAUCGAACAGUUUAUGGCGAGACGCUAUUAUCCGGAUCGUGACACUCUUCGUGAAUCUGCGACGAAAGACCCGUUUCCUGCUUCUGUGGCCGUUACCCGUCGGGGUUUGACGCUUGACCCAAAUGUCCAAUCUUCUGCGGUCACUUCUCUUCAGGCCCCACAACCGCAUCUGUCCUCUUCCCCAGAUGGUUGGGGUAGCCGUCAUUCUGUUUCCCCUGCGCAGAAUUUCGCUCGAACUCAGCAGCAAAUGACCGCUCAGCCAAGCCCUCUGAGUAUGCCGACCGGCUUCGCUGCAUCUGGAGCGAACAUAUGGACUGGUCUUGACACGAACGUCUAUAGGCGGUCCGCGCAAACCUUGCCGUCCAACCGAUUUGCUAAACCCUCUGGAUUUUAUUCAAAUCUGAUACCCUGUGCCUCCUCUCUUUCACCUCCGGACUUUUUGACAGGAGCGGAUAACCACACAGAAAACAGCACCGUUCACCUCAGGACGAAGACUACGGGGUUUGACUGCCCCCAGGCGCCGUUUUAUAAUUUCUCGCAGAGAUCGACCGAACCAGCCGUAGAUUAUGGCAUCCCGUUUGAGGAGGUGAUGGAGGUGUGCGACACAUCUCACGUUACUUCGAUGAACCACACAUCUACUUUGGCAAAUGCUCGUGAUACGAGUACGAUCACUUCCAGUCUAUCGCGAAAGUCGUUUACCCCACGAUCGAUUGCCUCAUGUGCACCAUCUGUUCGAACCCCCUUGUCCGGUUACGGUGAAAUGGAUGACGAAACUCAGGUCGCACGGGUUGCUGCUGGUCUUAUCAUACCGAAAAUUUUAGCUUCCCCCCUGACACAAACAACGGGACGAUUAAAACGACCUGUUGUUUCAAACGAGCCACCACUACUCUCGUCCAAGGGUCUUUUACGGCGCGUUGAGUGUGAGGCCACGGAAGCGUCCGUCACCCAUCCCGACCAGUUUCGUGGAUCGACCCUCGAAUCAAAUCCUUGUUACACCUCUCCUAGAAUUCCCGAUCCUAGAUCUUUGCCGACGUCCAAUCAGAUGCCCCGUCACAAGCCAUCCACCCGCCCUGUGGGACGCCGCUCUGAGGUUGCCACAAAGAAUGCAACAAGUAAAAACGUGGCCGGUAGACCAGAGAGCGACGUUCAGAAUCAUGAGCUUUCGCCUGUUUGUUGUUUUACACAACAUGGUGUGUUCACUGCAGACGAGGAUCUUUGGGACGCAGAGCAAUGCGAUCCUUCUCGAGGAGACCUCACAGAUUCAGCACUUCAGCAUCCUCCUGUACAAUCAAAGUCCAACCAACAAGUCUUGCCGGUGGCUUCUAACCCCAAGCUAUUGUCAUCGAAAGACCUGGCAAUCGUUUGCCAAUGGUGUGGGCGAAAGAAGGGUGUAUCUGAUAAUGCUGGGUACCAAGUAUAUCGACACCGUUGUCAACAAUACAGAGUAUGUUGGUGCCAUACAUACGUUGGCCGUUCACUGUCGGCUGACGCUUUGCUGCUUCUUGAUAUCAUUGUUUCGGAUCAGUAUGAACGCUUCUUAUCUCUAUAUCAGAAUUCACUUCUCAAUGAUCGAUCGGAACGACCCUCAGAAGAGAUGAAAUUUCCUUUUGAACCAGUAAGAACACAGCCAAUGACAUGUCCUCCAAGGUACUCCAUCAGUCUGACGUCGCGACAGCUCAUGUCUAAGACAUGCGGUGCCAUCCGUUGGAAACAGCUUCACCGUUUAUUCCACCGAAAACAGUCCAAGAGUCAUGACAAUAUCGAUCGUGAAUGUAAUUGCUUGGGCAGUACGGACAUAGAUAAGAAGCCCGUGUUUUCUUCCUCAAUGACGGAGGCAGAGUUAGGAUUUGAUGCGUGCCCGAGCGAUUUAGAUUUCAAGCCUCAGAGUGCUGACCCACAUAAACGACCGGACGCGGACCCACAGGCUGAUGGCCGUCCGUCUAGUUUGAAAUCGCCUCCUCGGUUAUCCAUCCGUUGUCCGCGACAUGGCCUUUUAUUCUACCCUCCGCUGGUCCGAUCGAGUGUUAAUUCGCCGAUACACCUUCCACUUUGUUCGCGCUGCCGGAAGCGCAAACGUCACCGUGCUUAUCCUCCACCAGACUGCACAAACAGCACUAAAGCUGAAGUUUCCUACGCGGUUCCCGCUCAUCGCUUCCCUGCCGUAACCGUUCCUUCAGUAUCUGCUGCCCUUCGCACUUUCGUUCACCUUCGGCAGAAAUCUCGUGAAAGCGGACCUUCAGUAGCUAAAAUUGGUUCUUCUCGGAAGAUCGCCGUUGGCAUGAGGGACUCUCAUACUCGAAGUGCAAUCACACAGCCUGUGCCAGAAGGCGUCGAGUUUGAGGUUCAACGGCCGUCAGUCCAUUCCACCCAAUCGCCAGUUGAUGCCUGUCCUCCACGCCCAUCGGCACGUCCGCAACUCUGUUUGCAGCAUCGGUAUCUCUGUGACAACCGUCUUCACUGCCACCGGAGUGCACACUCUGCCUUGUCCCUUACUUCUCUUCCGUGUUCCGAGCCGGCAUUGUCUGGUCCCCGAAUACCAUUCGGGUGUAUGUCGGAGUUUGACACGCGCUCCUCUCGCUCCUCAUUGUCUUCUUUGCUAACUUUCCGCUCCAUAUCCGGUUCCAGUUCGCUUAUAUCGGCUUGCCAUGGUAGGAAGUUGACAGUCGACUCCUCUUCGCAACAGCACCUUGAGGGGACAGGACGUGGCCUGCAACGUGACACAAGAGACCUUUCAGAGGAGAUUGGUAAUUGUUCGUUAUGUGAUGAUGAGUUAUCUUCCGGUUCCAUUUCGGCCUGCUAUGAAGACCCUUAUUCUUCUCACGAAAGACGCAUGGUAGAGCCUUUUCGAACUGAAUCGACAGCUAAAAAUUUUGAUGUUCCACAAUCACCUUUACACACUCGCCCACGGCACAGUGAUUUAAAAAAUCGCACGUGCAAUCAGGAUUGUGGUACUGUAGUUGGACAUGAUAAUGUGCACUUUCCUUGGGGACGUGGUACUCGUUCUUGGUCUCAAUCAAAGUCCGGUCCAUACCCAAAACUGUCAGAUCAGGUCAACCCUGCUGCAGGUGAUCACGCAUCACUUUGUUUUGCCAGUUCAGGAGUAAGCUCGAACUGUCAUUCAUGCAUACCAGAUACCAGUCCCACUAUUCAACCCGCACAACGAGCCAAUACUCUUCCUAGCACGAAAGUGUUCCGUAGCAAUUCAGAAAGGAAACCCUCUGAUCCAAAAGUGGCCCACUCUUCCGAGGAUGCUUCUGCGUCAAAGUGCCGUUUAUCAAAGGACUCCAAAACUCUCAGCAGAGCAAUGCAACCAGGUAUUGGACUUGAUCGAUUUCUUCCACGGUUUGCACGCAGAGGAUGUCAUACACGUUACAACACAGCCAACAUUGCCUCCAACGCACCUGACCCAGUACAACUAAGUAGAAAGCUCUCCAGUCAGUCGGAUUUGGGGCUUGUUUCUCACUCACUUGAUGAUUUCGGUGGAACUGCUCCAGGAUCAGCUCGGCCGUUCACCGAACCUACCAGCUACUGUAAUAUCACUCCAGUACAGCACAGUUCAACCAACUACCGGCUUGAGCUACCGAAACACGAAAGCACUCAGUCAGCUAAAAUUCCGACACUGCGAUCUCAUCAGUCCGAAUCAUCAGAAACGAAUUCCAAUCUAUAUGUCAAUCUGUCCGUAGCCGUUUCUCGUCCGAGCGGUCACUCCAGUUCCGGGCGAGGUACCAAGCAAUUAUUACAGAACGUACGGCAGUCCGUCGUUUCCUCCAGAAAGGGAGUCACUUCAACUAACACAACAGAGCCUUCGUUACAAUCAUCCUCACUGCCAAGCACAGCAAGUGUAACGGAGUCACGACCUGUUCGGACCAGCUGCGGGCAUGUGCGGCAUCCAUCUGUUCUGGAAGGUGGAUUUCCUCCAUCCAGUGUGGUCACCGACGAUCAGGUCUACACACUGAAUCUGUCAGUUGGCAUCGGAUCAUCUGACCUGUCAAAUCUCCCGGCUGAGGUCCGCGAUCCCAGUCGGAACUAUGCAAUGGUUGAUCUCCGUCCAAGUCCAGCCAGUUCUUCUCAUGUUCACACUGAACUUACAGUGAGUUCAGUGCAUCAGGCACAGCACCAUGCCCUUCGGUUCGAUGAACUCACUUCCACCGCCUCUUCUACAGGCAGCACAAUAGCAUUCUCUAAUAGUACCAGCACUGGGAGUGAUUGCACUAACGAUGCGGCCACGCUUACUUCAGACACGGUAGGGAAUUACGCCGCUGUGUAUCCUGUGACAACAAGUAGUUCGGAACAGACUGAGUCGGACAACUUGUUCACUUCCAUGAGCGGUAUGUGUCCGAAACAGGCAUCCCGUCGCCGACAUAGUCACAGUCUCUCCUCAGCGAUUUCCGAAGCGCCACUGUUGAACUAUGUCGAUGUGAUCACAUCCACGGCACCUUUUAUCUCAUCAGAUUCAUCGCGCCGCGUAGAUCCGACCACGCUUUCCGAUCCCAGUGGUUCCUCUAUACCCGAACACACAGACUCUCUCAGCUCUAGUAGUGGUCUAGGUGGUAUUGCCUCACAAUCCAUUACCCCACCUCUAGCUCCUGGUGGUAGCGCAUCCUUUGGGGACAUUUUCACUAGCCGUUCGAUGACCUCCUCUGCCACCUCGUCCGGAGAAGGAGCUGCAGUAGACCAUGGGUUCCACAGUUGUUCUCCUCCAGAUUCCAGCUGUGUUGCGUAUACGCAAAUCGACAUCUCCCGGACCAUGGCUCUAGAACAACUAAGUGGCGAUAUUGAACAAGAAAAUGUCCAUAUUUCCAGUAGCAAACAGUCUGGAACGGGCGCACAAUCGCAUCCGUGGGGCUCCUCAAAAACCGAUCGUUCGGCCUCGGUUCGCAAAACCCUUUCUCGACCCAUAAGAUCGAUACGAAGAGGAAAUCAGAAGAAGACAGGCGGUUUCUUCAGUUAGAAGGAAAUCUCAACGGGUAUACAAACAUCAACGUUGUCCUAAUUGCCAUUCGGUUCCCUGCCUUUUGAUCAGGGUCAUUUACAAUGCAAAACGCACAACCAACUCUGUUUUUUAAUCAUCGACCAUACACAAAACCCUUGUUUUCAUCUAUAUGCAAUUAUUUGAAACAGCUGAUUUUGUUCCAUUACCGUCUCCCGAUUCAAAGUACUCUUGAUUUUUGUUCUCUUUUUACUUCCGUUUUGUUGUCAGAACCGGUCUCUCCCUUGUUGGUCCACAGCUGUUCACAGCAUUUGUCGCCUGGCCAUUAUCUUGUUUGUAGCACCUUUCGAUUCGCAUCUCAGUCCCCUUAAGUUUUGUUUCCUUUGCAUGAAUACUUUUCUUCCAGUUCUCUUACCCCCUUCAAGACCUGUGUAUAUACCAGUUUACCUAAUCGUGCGUCCACUGUACCUCUCAUAUUUCGCAAUGCUGUGAAUGGAAUCAAAGUCACCAUUGACGUCUAUUUAUUUCUCUGUUUCUUCUAUGGAUAUUAUUUCCCAUUCUUUGUUGAUGAUGACCUGGAAACUAUUACGACUACCAUGUUGCUCUUUACAGAACAUUGAAAGCAGCACUUUUGCUGUUCAGCAGUUAUUAUUAUCAUUACUACCGCGGUUACAGCAUCCUUACUGUUGCCAUUAUUUCUCUUGUUUUCAGUGUGUUAUUUAGUUAUUGGUUGCCUUUUCUCUCUUCUCCUCUCCAGUCUGAUCAAUGUACGCACUUAUUUCUCUGGCAUCUCACUGCGCACCAUCUCGUUGUUGGUUUCAAUAUUGCCUUCAUAUUAGAAAACAUUUUGGUAUUCGGUACCUGAACCCCACACAACUUGUUUACCUCCAGGUGUUUUGUCUUCGGUUAUUCCUUUCUCCAGCGCCUCAGGUUCCGUUUUAACCAACUUCGUUUCUAUGUGCACAGUACACAUAGGAACAAGACGCGUUUUUUACUCAUUCUGGCAGGGACAACAAACCUGUCCGUUAAUUUCUCUCACUUUUUGGAGUAGGAACUACCUCUCUUUUUCCUUCCCUAUCUCUUUAUGCAUGUCUUUUUGUCUCAUGCAUUUUUCGGUUGCGGAUGGCUUCACAAUGAUUUUUCAUGUUAGAACCCUCUGACUCCACAGAUGAUCCGUCUGCAUGGAAUGAAUACUUACAUAUUAUGUAUGUGCAGCGCUUUAGUACGUUGAGGUGCCGAUAGUUUUGAACCAUUUCUAUACAUGCGUAUAAAUGUAUGUGCGCACAUUUG